GCACCUUGAAGGUAGCUCUCAAGUAAGUGAUUAUGAAUGCCUGUUUACAUAAAAUUUCCAGGAAGAUUAAGCAUGACUUAUAUAGGUGUUUUUUUCUUUUUGAAGAUACCAUCAAUUUUCCCAUUGUGUGUAGCGUUAAAAUGUUGUCAAAGAACUUUAUCCUAUGAUCUUAUUAUUUCCAAAGACACUCCGAAUCGACAAACACUAAGCACAGAUAUCGAUUUUAAUUCCAAAACAAAACUGAUGACAAGAAAUUGUAUUUUUCGAUUGUUAAAAACCAAUAUUCUCUACGAAGUCUAUAAACAAAUGUUUUUACAAGGAAUUUAUUAUACUUUUAAUCGUAUUCUUUCGUCUUCUUCUAACUUGCACACGAUCAAAUUACCCACAGCUUCAAGUUACCCGCUAAUGGUAACUAAGGCCAUUUAACAAACGUCAAAUGUUCAUAAUUAUUGACAAAAGUAUUUAG